GUAGAUAUCUCCAUUCCAUGAGUGAAGAAGAGGAGGAUGACCUUGGCAUCAAACCGGGAACAGUGAUCGAUUCUAGCAAAGCUCGUUACGUUAUUGUUAAAUUACUCGGUGAAGGUGGAUUUGGAGCCGUGUACAAAGUUUAUGAUGAGAAAGAUCCUAAAAAGGAGUAUGCCAUGAAAGUCGAGAAGAAGCUUGAAACACGGCCACAUUCGAAACUGAAAAUGGAGAUUGCGAUCCUCAAACUCGUAUCUGCUGAGAGAAAACAAUCACAUUUUACCGCAAUAAUCGACAGAGGUAAAAAGGACACCUAUUUCUUUCUGGUGAUGGAAUUGGUGGGCAAAAGUCUAGCAGAUUUGAAAAGAUUGCGACCUAAAAAGGUGUUUUCGAUAUCCACGGCAAUGGGUGUUGGUAUACAGUGCUUAGAAGCGUGUGAAGAUCUGCAUAAACAUGGAUUUAUUCAUCGAGAUUUGAAACCGGCCAACUACGCGUGUGGUCUAGGAGACAAACAAAGAGUGGUAUGCCCAUCAGAGUGCCUCGCUCUCGGAAAGAAGGAUGCAACAUUUUCUCGACCGUUUAAGGGCACAAUAAAGUUUGCUUCCAUUGCUUGUCAUAAGAAUGCCGAAAUGGGCCCCAAAGACGACUGUGAAUCGUGGUUCUACUUAGUGUUGGACAUCACAAUGCCGAAAGGUAACGCUAUCAAAAAGUUUUCAGAUGCGGCAUUAUCUGGCGUCAAAUGCAAGGAGGAACUCAGCAAAGUGCUCGACUAUAUCGACACUUUGAAAUAUUCUGAUCAUGUUGACUACGAGUUCAUUUACAAAUCAUUAACCAAGGCCGCUAAGACUGCUGGUGGAGACAUCAAUCAACCUUAUGAUUGGGAAAAACCAGCAGAAAGAUCAAAGAUAUCAGAAACAUCGACCGGCAGCCAGAAGCCCUGA